AUGUCGACCAAGCGUAAAGCGCCCGGCAAGUUGGCGCCCCCGACAAUCAAAGCAAGCGCCAAGAAGGGAGCCCGAAGCGCCAUUGAUGAGUCAAAAGCCACAGUGGGAGACACGGAUCUCCUGCCGGCGUCGCAACAGGAGAUGAUAGAGAUAUCUUCCGACGCCGACAGCGAUGACGACGAAGACAUGUCCGAUGCGGAGAGGGAGGAUCAGCAUAAGGCAGCACAGUCCAACGGGAAACUCGCAACGCCCAAAGUCAACGGCAACAAGUCAAAUGAGCUGCCAAAUCCAGAUGCUGAGGAGCGCGACGAGUCAGAAGACGAAGAGGCGACAUCCCCAUCCUUUGGAGAGCUUCUUCGCAGCAACGCCGACGGGAUCGACGUGACGGCCAUGCUCAACGCAAACACGACAGGUGCCGCGGCAGCGCAACGUUCCCGCACAGCCAUUACGCCCCCGAGUCACCAGUCCCUCACUACCGUCCUCACACAAGCGCUCCGAACAGACGACACCGACCUCCUCGAGUCGUGUCUUCACACCACCGAUCUCACUACCAUCCGCAACACCAUUGAGAACAUUGACAGCACCCUCGCUGGCACUCUUCUGACGAGGCUGGCGGCGCGGUUACAUAGACGGCCGGGCCGGGCCGGCACGCUCAUGACGUGGGUGCAAUGGACACUGAUUGCGCACGGCGGUGCACUGGCCUCGCAACCCAAGGUCAUCAACGACCUCAGCGGUCUGCAGAAAGUGCUGGCAGAGCGCUCAAAGGGUCUGAACAGUCUGCUCGCAUUGAAGGGCAAGCUGGAUCUCCUCGAGGGCCAGAUGAACAUGCGACGGAAGAUGCAGCGCACUGGGGCGAUACGUGAGGACGACUCGGAUGACGAGGACGAGAACGUCGUCUGGGUCGAGGGCGAGACGAGAGAGAAGGAUGCCGCCAACGGUAUUGCCUCCGGGAGGAAGGGUCUUGGGGAGGACGAUGAGGAGGACGAGCCUGUGCUCAACGGCGUCACGGGCGACUCAAGCGAUGAAGAGGAUGACGAGAUCGAGGAAGAUGACGAGGACGAGGAGGGUGAGGAGUCGCUGGGUGAGGAUGAGGUCGACCAUGACGACGUGGACGAGUCCAUGGGCGAGGAUGAGGACAGUGACGUGGAGGCGGCGCCGCCUGCCAAGGUGCAGAAGGUCGGCAAGGCCCUUGGCAAAAGAAAGUGA